AGUCGCAUGCCUCAGUUCCCAGUCGACAGUGUGACGCGCGUGCCUGUUCACCACUCAAACUUUGCCUACAAUCAAUGAUAACCGUCAAGUGCUACGUUACUCAUCAAUCGAACAUAACCUAUUUCAAGUAUGAAUAAUUAAUAAUCAUGUCAAUGAAGAACUUCACUAAUUUAAUCAACCCUUUGUGAAAAGUAAUCAACCCUUUAAUGAACGCUGAUAACAAACGUUUUAGUGAGAAUUUUGUUGAUAAGGAGUCAUCAUAUUGUAGAGACGAUGAUUAUUGUCUCAAGUACUUGUUUCAUGUUGGACAACGUUGACUAUGUUUGAAAUAUUGUGCUAACACUAUAAGUCAAGCGUAAACUAUAUAUUACAAAAGUGAUGUUGUACUUAUUACAUAACUAAUUAUCCUCACUCUGAAAUCUUCCAACAUACGUGGUAUUUGACAUGAGAUGUGCAACGACCAAUAUAGAUGUACUGAUAUUGUAAAAAAAUCUAUUGUAAUUUUUAAUGAAAUUUAGUUCCAGUGUUGGUGCUUACUUACACUUCAUACAGGAGAAUUUCAAUGGAGUGAUAAUAAACGUGAUAAAGAACAGAGUUCAUCCACUUCGAGAUCUAUGUUGCAUUGUUCAAUAAAACCCUACAUUAAUGGAAAAUCAUAAUUCAAUAAAUGAUCCCAUAUGGGUUUUUGUAGAUCAGAUCACUUGCAAUCACUGAAAAUUGUAAUGAAACACUAUAUUCAUUAGAGUAAGUUUCAAUUAGAAAUUUUAAUUCCAGUUACAACCAAAAACUGGAAUAUUGAACAAGAAAGUAGUUGAAAAUUGAUCAUAGAUUUUCUCUAGUGUAGUGAGUGACAGCUUAUUCACAGAGAAUAAUGAGUACAUAGAGUAGAAAUGAUAAUAUCGAAUAGAGAAUUCUGUCCAAAUCAUUGCUAAAUUCCAACGUUGUAUUGGAACUCAACUCAUUCAUCUUUUGAAAAUGAUAGACUAUUUUUGAAUCUGUUUACCUGGUGUUUAUUCAUUGCCGAAUGAGAUUUUAGAGGACUUCACAUGUAGUGUCAGUGAUUAACCGAUGAAAAUGAUGACAAUGAACUUAGGCAUGUACAACGGGGGCAAUGGAAGUAUUUACGGGACGGGGAGUGACCCCUACUGCAUGGCCCGUUAUGAAGACACCCAUCAUCUCCAUCAAAGUGCACAGAACUCUUUUCCGAACUCGUUCGAGGAACAUAGCUCAUCAAAUGAUCAUUACAGGGUGUCUCCGGGAAAGAACAACCAGUUGUAUUAUUCGAUCCCUGAAGGUAGCAGUGGGUAUACUGGUGCAGAUUUCCAGGAUUACUCCAUGUUGGCCACAGGGGUAACGUCGAACUCAUCAUGUGAGAGAAAAGAUCUCCAAGAUGCUGGAGAUGGUUUCUACAACACACAGUUACCAACAGCUCAGGUUCCAGAGCCUGUCAACAUCAUCACCUCCAAUGGUUUGAGCUACACGAACCUGGACUACUCCAAUUACCCCAAGUCAGAACCUGACCAUCACGGUCACAGCUACCUCCCAGACUGCACACAUCAUCACUACCCUCACCACCACCACUCCACCAAACAUGAGCGACCUCCUUCCAACCAGGACCUGCAUACUGCCUAUGCGGAAUACCCUGGACAUAUACCUGAGAUUGACACAGGACAGUACACUGCGUCAUUGCCCACUGCAGGCCAGGAAUAUCAUCAGGUGAAGGAGGAGGAGAGCAGGCUGCAUGGGGUGGGUCACCAUGCAGUGGUGGAUCAUUAUGACUUCGCUCACCAAAGAGGGCAUCCACACCAGCAGUCAAGCGCAGUCCCCACCUACAAAUGGAUGCAAGUCAAGAGAAACGUGCCAAAACCUGCAGUGCCGAAACAGAGUCCAACGCCGGAGUUCCAGCCAAACAGCUACGUUAGUGGGAGUCUGGUUGGUGGAGGGGCAAGCCCCCUGCUAGGGGCACACGCUGGGGGUCUCCUAGGUCCCAAUGCCCUGCUAAACAACAGCGGCAGGACCAAUUUCACCAACAAGCAGCUCACCGAAUUAGAAAAAGAGUUCCAUUUCAAUAAGUACUUGACAAGAGCGAGGAGGAUUGAAAUCGCUUCUGCGUUGCAGUUGAAUGAAACUCAGGUUAAAAUCUGGUUUCAAAAUAGGAGAAUGAAGCAGAAGAAACGCAUGAAAGAAGGCCUGGUGGCAGCUGAGAGCCUGACGGGGGUGAACAGCUCACAGGGCUGUGUACUGUCUGGUGCAAGCAGUACUAGCAACUCCCCCACCACAGCCAUGCUUCCUGACGAUGGACGAGACACGUGAAACUUAUUCUCCGCCGACACUUUUGUGAUCUGAAUCAAUCGACGAUCUCAUCCUAACUACCAACUUUUGAUCUCUUCCAGGAAGUGACUGAAGAUUUGAUAAUGAAAUGUGUAUUAUAACACUGGUGUGGGAGUGUUACAAGUAUACAUUUUCUUGGAAUAAAGCAUUAUUAUUGUUUCAUUUGACUGAUGUUAUCUUUGGAGUUUGAGUGGUGUAUUUUUGGUUGAAAAUGAACACUGUAUGCAACAUAUCUCAAAUUUUAUCAUGAAAUUUAAUUUCAAAUUUCCAUGUAUUUCAAGGAGUUGUCCUGAGACACCUUAAAAUGAUAGAUUUCAAUUUUUUAUUUUGUGUUUUUAAUAGAGUUGAAAAAAUUCCCCUAUUAUCUUGGAAAAGUCUACUUAUUGUUUCAGAUUCAAUGGAGUUUAUUUGGAUUAUCCACCUUAAAAUGAUAGAUUUCAUUUUUUUAUUUUAAGUUUUUAAUAGAGGUGAAAAAUUCCCUUAUUAUCUUGGAAAAGUCUACUUAUUGUUUCAGAUUCAAUGUAAUUUAUUUGGAUUAUCCAAUCUUCUAAUAUUAACUGUAGGCUUUUCAAGAAAAUUAUUAUGUCUUUUCGAAAUCAUUUAUUUUUCGAAGGUAUUUAAGAAAUUAUUCUCCUGAUGAUUUGCAGCUUUAAAAAAUUUACUGGUUGAUUUCUCAUCUUCAAAUACAACUGUAGGCUAAUUCUGUUACUAGCAAAUAUCUUCGGCAGAAUGAGAAUUAAAGUUGUGAAAUUGCUCCAUAAUUUGAAUAGCUGAAGAUGUGCUGGUUUCAGCACGAAACUGCAGAUCUGUAUUAAUGUCUAAUAAAUAACGUGGAUGUGACAAGUAAAACUGUGUUUUCCAGGAAUGAAAAUUUAUUCUCAAAUAUCAUAGUUAGGAUCUCGAAAUAUAUUUUUUAACUGCUGCUCACCAAAAAUUACAUUCCAUCAUCUUGAUAUCAUGAAUUCACUUCUAUUACAUCUAGGAGAGAAGUGAUCCAUCGUUUUCAAUCAAUAAAAUAUAUAAUUGAUUUAGAUAUCAGCUCACUAUCAUGAUACAGUCAAAAUAGAGUUUGACUGAAAAAGCCAGAACUAUCACUACUUAUUUCUGAACUUAUUAUUUUAAAUGAAUACUGGAGUACAGAAGUCAAACUGAAUUUUUGUCUGCUAAUACAUUUUUAAGUAAAUGUUCCGCAAGACAUUCACCACGGAUUUGUUCCUAUAAGUUAUUGUGAAGAGGAUGAAUUAUAAUUUAUAGUUAUACGGUAACUAUUUUCACUAAUCUUGGUUGUAAAAAUGUGAACGAGAAUGGCUAUUCAAUAACAAUAUGAUUGAAAUACAGUGAAAAUUAUUCUCACUUGUAUGUGUGUAAAUAAUGUUGUUUUCAAUAGGCUAUUUUCAAAUUGAUUGAUUGUCCGUCUACAUACUAAGUCAUUAAUAUAACAUUAUAAUCUGUGUAAUUUACUACUAUAAGGAAGUGUUAAAUUCAAAUAAAAUGGAUACAUGUAUGUGUAAA